ACGCGCGGCUCGGCGCAGCGUGCGCGGUGACGUCACCGAAGCCGGAAAACCCCGAAGGGAGGGGGAGGAGGAGGAUGGUGGCCGGCGCGUUCCCGAUCGCCAAGCUCCUCUACUUGGGCGUGCGGCAGAUCUCGAAGCCCCUGGCGGCGCGCAUCAAGGACGGGGCCCGCGCCAGCCCCUUCUUCCGCCAGUACAUCUGCGGGCCCCCCGCGCAAAUCUAUCACUGGGUGGAGAUGCGUGCCAAGAUGCGCAUCAUGGGCUUCCGUGGGGCGGCCAUCAAGCCCCUGAACGAGGAGGCGGCGGCCGAGCUGGGCGCAGAGCUGCUGGGGGAAGCCAUUGUCUUCGUGGUGGGCGGCCUGUGCAUCUUCCUGGAGUAUUCCCGCCAGUCCACCAACAGCAAGAAGAAGGAGGACGAGCUGAGCAGCACCCUCCUCAGCCUGCAGGAGCAGAUCGCGGAGCUCAACUUGACUGUGGAAACCCUGGACGCCCGCCUGCGGGAGGUCAACCGCAUCGUGGUGGAGCUCCCGGCCCCUUCUGCGGCCAAGAAGUGACCCAGACUUAUUAUAUACGACAAACAUCGCUUUGGGAGUCAUCGUAUGGGACAUCCCACCGAUGGAGGAUGAGAAGCAAGGAUGUAAUGCGUAGAGGCAACACUUUGCAAUCGGAUUUGGGGCCUGAGGUCCUUUGCCUCGUACCGAUCCUCGCCUACUGAAUAUAGUUUAACCAGGACUGGGCUUAACCUCUUCCAAAACACCUGGAGGGACGAAGUUUGCCCAGUCCUGGCUUAACCUCUUCCUAAAAAUGUAAAUACUUGAACUCAUUAAAACAAAAGGGCAAAAUAAGAA